AUGACUUCCAAGCCCUCAUCGGCAUCCCCGGAGUUCCCUCCGAGCGGUCGAGGAAACACGCACAACACCUCACAACCAGCUUCUCCUUCUGUUUCUUGUUCGUCUCCUGAGCUGCCGAUCGGAAGAUGCAUGUUUAUCGCCACAGCCGAGAAACGAUGCGGCUGUCACGCAUUCCAGCGCAACCCGGUGCUGCCAGGGGCAUACUGCGAUUGUGGCCACCAGGCUUCAUAUCAUUGCCCUAAAGAUGGUAUGCCACCACCACCACCACCACCACCACCAGUGCCACCUUUUUCUAUGCCAGACCCAACGAUAUGCACCUCUCCAUCCCACGCAACCCUCCUCCAGCGCCUCCACCACCUAGAAACCACCCACGCACUAGACCGCAAGCACUGGGAAAAAGAACUCCGCCACGAACGCCACUCUCGACAAGAAGACAUCCGCACCUUACGCGAAACCAUGUCUGCCUUUUUCCGGGUUAUUGAACGCGAUAUUCCGCGGCAGUUUGCGGAUGUCGAGGACAAGAUUGAGAAUCUUGUGGAUCACCAUCAGCGGCUGCGGGAAAAGGUUAUUAGUGUGGAUGAUUUCUCGAUGGCGAUGGAGGACCGUGUGAUUGAUUUGGAGCAACAGCAGGCGGAGCCAAGAAGGGCCAAGGGAAGAGAAAGAGGGAUCCGUCAGGGGCAUGAUGGGGAGGUCAGAGUUGACUCGAAUGUUCAAACCGAGUCUCGUAAUCACGAGUUUGAUUGGCACCUGCCCAUCAAAGAAGAGCCUCGAGAAAGCAAUAACCCUUCAACAAGUAAUAUUUCAGGAGACUCACAGCAAGGGUUUCCCCAGGUUCCCCAGGUUCCACAGGCAAACGAAGAAACAAACAGCAAUCCCAAAGACAGCACGUCUGUGAAGAGGAAAAGAAGCGUUAGAAUCCCUCUACCAAAUCCCCCGCCAUUAUUUCUCUCAGAAUAA